AUCUACUGCGGGGCAUACGGUGGACUAAUUAGUUUAGCUCCAACCUGCCGCAGCAUCGGAGGCCGCAUCUGUGUUGCAACUUUAUUAACCGCUCGAGGUUUCAAUCUGCGGCUGUCAAAUUAAAUGAAAUUUACACUUUACCGUUAAAUUGGCAGGCGGCGGAGCAGCAGCAGCAGCAGUGGUGGCGCCAAACAAAAUGUGAUCCCAACUGUCUGGGAUUAUGCUAAAAAUGCUCAAAGUGCGAUAUAAAUUUUUACGAGUGUACGCGUCGAGCUUUUACGACUGUUCAGCGUCGAAGGGCUGUUGUAAAAUUAAAGAGAAUGCUUCUGGGAGGAGGACAAUUUAAAACAAUACAACCUUAAAGGAGCAGGAAAUUGCAUGCAGCUAGGAGGAGCAGGGAGGCGUGCCACUUAAAACUAAUAGACGCCAUUCGGUAACGGUAAUUGCCAGGGCACACGUAAGCAAGUCGCCCCUUCAAAUCCGUUCCCUGGUAGAGCGCCACCUCAUCAUUGUUACGAACAGCCAUGGCCGUUAGCAACAUUGUCUGCGAGUGGCUGCGGGCUCUGGGCCUGGCCCAGUACGCCGAGAGCUUUCUGGACAACGGGUACGAUGACCUGGAGAUCUGCAAGCAGGUGGGCGAUCCUGACCUGGACGCCAUCGGCGUAGAGAAUCCUGCCCAUCGGCACAAGCUGCUGAAGAGUAUUCGAUCGCUGAGGGAGAAGGGAGCUGCCUCCGUAUACUUCAUGCUCAACGAUCCGAACUCGCUAUCCGGCAGUAUGGAAAUUCUGUGUGAAACCCCGCCUAACAACGAACUGGAGCUGGUCCUGCGGGAGCAACUGGAGACGGACGGAGUCCGACUCACGGCGCAUCCCUAUUCAACACCGGACGGACAACGUGGUCAUUUAGAGGGCCUGGCAUCUGUCUAUUGCGAACUGCUAAUGGCUCCCUUCGGGGACAUUUUGGCAGUUUUAGAACAAGCGCGCCAGGCGGCCUGGGCGGAGCGGAGUCCUCUGCACGGUGCUUUGCAUAUGGGCGGCGGUGCCAGCAGUAGCACGGGCGGCAGCAGUGGCGGCGGGGCGAGCGGUGGCAGUGGCGCGAGUAGCGGCGGCGGUCUGCAUCACCGUCAGCAGCAUGGCCAUCGCGGCCACUCGAUGCACGGCGCCGGUCUGCCAAAUUCCCAUAGCCAGCCCAUUUACGUGCCCGGCAAGUACUCGCCCUCCAGUUGUUUGUCGGACAAGGAGGAGGACGAGAUCUACGGGUUCGGCUACGGCGUCUUUGCGCCGAGGGUGGCGCGAGGCGGCCUGACGCAACAGCAGCAUUUGUUGCAGCAGCAAACACUGCAGACGCAGCAGGCCAUACAGCAGCAGCAGUUGCAGCAGCAGCAGCAACACCAGCAACAACAGUUACCAAUCGUGCCAGGCCAACAGCAACCAGCGGGACUUGGACCGCACAAUCACCAGACCCUGCCACCCAAUGUCGCCCACUUGAACUUUGUUCAGCAAAACUGCCUGAGUCCCCGCUCCGCCUACUUCUACGAAUUCCCACCGACAGCUGAGGGACGCGAGACAAAAAAACGCACCACGCUGGCCCGCCUGCUGAAAGGCUUGAAGACUGUCAAUCGGCGGGAUCGCAACAAUCAACAAAAUGGCGCCCAAGCCAGGGCGGCCAACGAUCGUCUGAGGCAUUUUCAAAUGAUAAACGGCGGCGGACAGCAGCACAGUUUCGAGGAGACGAUUCACAGGUUAAAAGUACAAGAGGCCAUGCGGAAGAAGGAAAAAUUCCAGCGUGAACACGAGGAGAUCUUGCGUGACAUCCGACAAGGACUUCUACAAAUGAGUCGAGGCGAAGGACGCAUGGACGAUACGUACAUGUACGAUGAGGCGCUGAGAACCGGGGUCAUGCCCAUCGGAGUGGGUGGAUCGGGUGCCGGAGGAGGUGGUGGCACUGCCGCCCACUACGCAGUCAGUGCGCUGCACCACCAAGGUCAUUGGUACGACGAACCACCCUACGAAAGCGAUCCCGACGACUUCCUCAUGGCCGGACUCAACUGCGGACCGGCGGCCACCAUUCAGGGUGGACGAGUGCGCUUUUCGAACAACCGCGAGAGUACGGGCGUAAUUUCAUUAAGAUCCGCCGGAGAUAUUUCGCUGCCGCAGCGUGGACCGCCGCGCCGAGGUCUUAUCGUGCCGCAGCAGCCGCCAAAUCCACCGACAAUAAUACCCUUAACGCACGCCAGAUCCCACGACCGGGAGAGCGGCGACUAUGCGGGAUCCAUUUCAGACCUCCAAAGCGUUACCUCCAGGCUUAGUGCAGUCUCGAUUGGCACCAACAAUUGCACGGCACGCUAUCGGACGCUUAGCGGCGGAAUCGGGGAGUCGCCCUCACUGUCGCCCAGUCCGUCGUCGGAUUACGAGGACAUCGGAACCGCCAGAGGACAUGGCUGCCUGCCGCCCAGCUUACUGGCUGCUAAGGCCAAAAAGAACGGCAUGGCCCACGGCAAGGCGAACACCAUUUGCCAAAAAGCCACGGUGCAUCACUCGGGCGAUAUGCGUAGCUCGGCAAAGGAAAUUGGCGCAUUUAAUGAGAAUGGACGAAACUUUGUUGCCACAAAGGAUACGUCGAGGGAUUUCAGCAAUUCCCAAGAUAAUACCGACCGUGGCAGCAUGAGCGAUCAGGCGUUCGCCUGCUCGGCCAGCUCAGUCGAAAGUUUGCCCAGCGCUUCCGGUUCGAGCACUCAGGCUCUGGUUCGUCCCGGCAGUCCACACAGCUCCAUUUCGGCCGAGGAUCGCACUUCGAUGACCGGCAGCAGCAUUUGCAAGGCCAAGGCCCUGGUGGAUAGUUUGCCCAAUCCCUACGACAAGGAGGCUCUCAAAUUCAAGAAAGGCGACCUCAUCGAUGUCCUCUCCAUGAAUGCAUCCGGUAUCUGGAAGGGACGCUGCCACGGCCGUGUGGGCCACUUCAAGUUCAUCAACGUGGAGGUCCUGCCGGAGCAGCGCAUGAAGAACUCCAGCAGCAAGACCCUGGGCCAUCCCAGCUCCCGGAUGGCCAAUUCUGGAAAUGGAAGCAACAACGGAGGCGGCGGGGGACCCAAUUCGGUGGAGGAUCUGCUCAUUCGCAUCGGACUCAAAGAGUACACUUCCGUGUUCGUGCUCAACGGCUACGAGGACCUGGAGCUUUUCAAGGAGCUGGAACCCGCUGAUCUGGACUACCUGGGCAUUCUCAACCAGGAGCACCGCGCCAAGCUGCUGACGGCUGUGCAGCUGCUGCAUGACAUUGAAUCUGCCAAUUUCGCCCGCACAGGCUCCGACGUGGACAUAGCCGGCUCCAGCUCAGAGAACGAUGAGGCCCGACUGAACAACAUCAACAAGAAGCACGGAGCCUCACCCUUUGGAAGGCGCCACUUUCCCCGGGACUCUGGGUGCUACGAAGGAUCUCCACUGCCCAGCUCCCAGACACCCACGCAGGCGGUGAACUCCACGGACGAGUCCAACAGCCUGGACGAUGUGGUAACCAAGUGCUCCAGCGAAAUUAUGAAACGCGUGGAGAGCGCCCGUCGGUGCAAGGACAACCCCUUUAAAAGCACCCUGCCCGGAGCCGGCGGUGGACGACUGGGCAAGAAGUCCUUUCUCGGCGGCGGCGGCCUUAUGGCGGACGAUACGCUCACGCGUGGAGGGCUUAGCGAGAAGUCGAGCGACUCGGGGGUCAGCAGCAGUUCGCUAUCGUCGGGUCCGCUGAAGAGCAGCACUUAACAUUUGCCCACCAUUCUAGCCCACGAGCUGCUCCUGGGCGUGGGCGCGGGCAUGGGCAUCGGUGGAACAGGCACCCUGACGCCACACGGUAUCGGAGCCACCUCGCCCACCACCCACUCAGCACCGCUGGGCAACAUCUGCAACACUCUGCCGCAUGCUCCCAGUUCUUCCUCCGGCGGGGGAGGCCUCUCCUCGAUGGCCGGCAAUCUGCCUCUUAACCGCAACCUGGUGAUGCUUCGCAACCACUUGCGGAAGAACACAAGCGGCGGAAGUGGCCUCGGAGGUCUAUCAGGAUGUGGCGGAGGAACCGGGGGCGUGGGAAUGCAGUUGCUGCAUGACCAGGAUGACCGGCAGGAGGAUCAAUAACCCAUUUACUACAUCAAGUUCUUAGUUUAGUCUCCGGUUGAGUUAGGUGUAUUUCAAUUGCUGUGAUUCGAUAGUGAAAACAAAAGGCCAAGACGCGUCUUUCAGUUCAAAUGUAUAGUAUGUAUAAACAGAGAGAUAGACAGAUGGGUAGGGAAUGGGAAAGCUAGAGCUUAGGCUAGAAGGAGCGAUAUGGAGAUGAAGAGUCAGAGUCAGAGUCAGUCAAUCCUUCCUCCGAUAAUGUUGGCAUUUACACAAAAAUAUACAUAAUACACAGACAUAUUUAUAUUAAACAGACUUAUAUACACAGACCUCUGGAGAAAGCCGGGGGGAAUUUUUAUAUAACUAGUGAAGUAGAACGAGAAUGUUUGAAAUUAUUUUGACUGUUUUAGUUAGCCUCGAGAUAUGUAAAUGAGACUUGUUUGAUUUGCCAUUUGUUUACUAUUCAAUUGCUUUGUGUGUGCAUAUUUCUCAACGUGAUAUUGUGAAAACGUCCAACUUGAAUUGCAUUUUACAUAGGUUUAUUUCCAACAACAACAUAACACACACAUGAAGACAACACUGAACUUGAUUCCUAUUUUAGGGCGCUACAUCCGAGUGCAAGCAAUAGACCAAUUCAAUUUUAAAUAACAAAUCAUAAUAUUUACACAACAACAAUGGAAAUCAAGAGCGAAGAAACGAAACGAAAGGAUAACACCAACUGCCAUUCAAACUAAUUUUAAUAUGUUAUAAAUGUAAAGAGGAAUCCGUCAGAAACUUGUAAAAUUAAUGCCGAAAUUGCCAAAAUCGAGCAAAUAUUCAAUGUACGCUAAGCAAUAUUUUAAAUCGUAGCCAGAGCCGUCGUCAAAAAGGGAUCUAGCAUGUGUGUAUAUAUAGGACAACGAUCCAGUUAGGACUUAUUAAUAUGGCACUCUCUUGUAGAAGGCAUAAUAAAAGGUAUCCACUAUGAGCGAUGCUUUCGAGAUAAUCAAAAAAGCAGACAAUGAAAUUAGUCAGGCAGCGCAAAUGUUUUUAAUCAGUUUUCCAGCAACUAGUUAAAUGAAUGAAUGAAUAUUUAUCACGGCACAACUACUACGAAUAUAUUUAUAUAUAUUAUAUAUUAAUUAAAAAUCUAAACUGAUCGAAAUACAUAUUAAAGCAUAGCAUACCCUAGCGUAGAGUACAUUAUAUUAGCAAUUGACUUAAAUUAAUGUAAAUGAGUUUAUUUCGGAAACGCUUUGACUUCUACUCAGAUCGUAAAAUUUAACCUGAAAAUAUUUGUGAGCUAAGAUACCGAUAUUCGUACAUUGUAACACAUUAACUUUAAUCCAAAAUAAAGUGAAUUAAAUUAAAUAAAGAAGAGAAAGGAGUCGCACGUGUUACAGCCAGACAAGGGAAACGAGAGUAUAUUUGGGAGCGCUGAUGGAGAUAUUGGAUACGGUGCAUUUUUUAAUCUACCUAUCCAAAACUACGUUUAAGUGUUUAAAUUGUAAAUUGUAAUAAAGUCAAAGCAAAGAGUAUUUAUAUAUAUUUGGAGACUCGAAGUGAGAAACAAGAACCCAACCACAAAACACACAAACCACACUCUCAUGUGCUAGCAUUUUCUAAUUAUCACUGUAAAAUGAUGUAAUGUAUAGAAAGAAUAUAAAAGCAAUAUUAAAGUUUAAUCUUAAAAGAAAUUCACACGAUAACGAUUGCGGGAAAACAAACCCAUAAAAUUCCAUUUCAACACAGAGCGCAAACUAAAGUAUUCAGAGUUCAGUACAUUUUAGAAGAAAUUUUCAACAAAAAAAACACAAGAAUUACAAAGGAGCGAGAAUUCAUGUUUAUGGAUAAAUCAAAUUAAAAUUCUUUAAAUAAAAAUGAACAUAUCUAAAAAGUAAA